GUGAGAACCAGUGCAGUGAAGAGUAAGUGACUGUGAAAAGGCGAGAUCCAUAUCUUCAAAACUACAACCUCUCCAACUUCAAGUCUGGAAUAUAGGAGUAGAUGAAUCUCGGAGGGCAGCAGAGGACAAGCACAUAAAGCCUGCAAAAUGUUCAAACGGGGCUGUGGGCUGGAGUUCCUGCUGGUUUUGUGUGGGCUCGACUUCUCCUGGUCUUGCCCCCGAAACUGCAUCUGCUACACCACCCCCAGCACCGUCUCCUGCCAGGCACACAAUUUCCUGACGGUCCCUGCAGGCAUCCCUCCGGACAGUGAACGCAUCUUUCUGCAAAACAAUAAAAUCCAGAGUUUAGGCCCUAAACUCUUCAGCACUAACACUGUAACUCUUUGGAUUUACUCGAACAACAUCACACACAUCGCGCCAUCCACUUUCCACGGCUUCACCCUGCUGGAGGAGCUGGACCUGGGGGACAACAGGCACCUGCGCUCCCUGGCCGAGGACACCUUCCACGGGCUGAGUCGGCUCAACGCGCUGCACUUGUACCGCUGUGGGCUCAGCUCUCUCCCCAGUAACAUUUUCCAAGGCCUCAGAAACUUGCAGUAUCUGUAUUUGCAGGAUAACCACUUAAACUCCCUCCCUGAUGAUACGUUCAGGGACCUCCACAACCUGAGCCAUCUGUUCCUCCAUGGGAAUCAUCUGUGGAGCCUAAACCAGAACACCUUCAGGGGUCUGCGGGCUCUGGACCGUCUGCUCCUGCACCAAAACCAGAUUGAGUGGGUAGACCGCUUGGCCUUUCACGACUUAAAACGCCUCACCACCCUCUACCUGUUCAACAACUCCCUGGUACAGCUAUCUGGACAGUGCUUGGACAUGCUUCCCGGCCUGGAAUAUCUUCGGCUUAAUGACAACCCCUGGUCAUGUGACUGCAAGGCUGUGUCCCUAUGGGAAUGGCUAAAACGUUUUCGGGGCUCCACAUCCACUGUAGGUUGCCAGACGCCAUCAAACAUGAUUGGAAAAGAUUUAAAAGAACUUCGCAAAGAGGAUUUUCCCAACUGUUCUCCAUCCGAGUCCAGAGCCCAGACUAAUAAUAUGUCUGGAACGGUCAACCCAUCCAUGAAUCGUGGAGUUGUGGGCCACUCUGGGAAUAACGGGCAUUCACCCCGACCAGGACGCACGCGAAACUGCACCAAACCUCGCAGUCGGGUGAGCAAGGGGAAGGGAGACAACGAAGUGCACCAUUCCAAGGAGGUCAUGGCCGACAAGGAUGAUUCUUCAGAUAUGACAGAAGGAGGAAAACAUGAUCACACGCUUCCAGAUGGAACUGUAACACGGAGGAAGCAAAAGUGCACCCCUCGGACCACUGUACGGCCUCCUAGCGGGGUUCUGCAAGCCAACAAUAGGGCGACCUUAUCCCAGUCAAUACUAUAUGUCUACGCCCUUUCAGUUGCUUUGGUAACAACAAGCACUGACUUUGUUCGCUGACCUUCAAAGGGUUUGGGAACUCAGCUCUCACACACACAGUCAGACCCUGCGCUACGGCUCCGGCAUACAGGCUUGCGUAACUUCUGUGUGUGUGUGUGGUUAUGUGUGUAAAUGUCCUGUAGGGGGCGAUGAACAAAAAGAAGAUUCACAGCACAAUGUAAGGGACUAGGGAAGUUCGAGAACAAGCUUGCACUGCCACUAAGCCAGAAUGAUUCAACAUCCAUCUUUGUCAUACUCUAUAAAGAAUUGGAAAAAUGUGGUUAAAGUGAAUGGGGCGAGGGAUAGGAGAAUAAGUCCCACAAUAGACAGUGACGGAUUGAAAGUUAAAAGCUAGUUGCCUUUUUGUUGUGUUUUUACUUGGUUUUGUCCAUAUUUGUUUGAGACUAUCAACUCAGAAUGCCAAGUCAUAUCAGGAAAAUGUGGCAGCAAUGUCAAUGCAACACAAAUUUUCAUACACACGAAUUUUGACAUACGAAUGUGUCCAGUACAAAGGAGGGUUAAUGUUGUUGUUCUUUUUUUUAGAGUUUUGUGUCAACUAUAAUUGCCAUAUAACUCAGCUUUCUGCAUUAUUGUGUUCAUUUCCAUUUCUUAUUAUGUGCAUCUUGAUAAUAAGCUGCUAA